AUGUCAGAUGGCUUGGUUCAACGAAGAAGAGGAAAGGCUCAGGAAGAGGUAAAUGCCGAGCGAAGUGAUGAUGCCGCAGAAUCCGCAGAAUCUUCGGAAGAGCAGGAAGAUAAUGAUAAGGGUACCAGACUCACUCUGAUGGAACAAAUAUUAUUGUUGGGAUUGAAAGACCGAGAGGGAUACACUUCGUUUUGGAAUGACUGCAUAUCAUCUGGUCUCAGAGGUUGCGUAUUGAUUGAAUUAGCUCUAAGAGGAAGAAUUACAUUGGAAACUUCGGGAAUGAGAAAAAAAAGUCUUUUAACUAGAAAGGUCCGCGUAAAGAAUCCAGAGCCUGUCGGAGAUGUUAUCCUGGACGAAGCCCUGAAACACAUGAAAGAGACUAAUCCCCCAGAAACUGUAACAACUUGGGUAGAAUAUUUAAGUGGAGAAACCUGGAAUCCUCUGAAAUUAAGAUACCAAUUGAGAAAUGUGCGAGAAAGAUUAGCAAAAAAUUUAGUGGAGAAGGGAGUAUUAACCACGGAUAAACAAAACUUCUUAUUAUUUGAAAUAACUACACAUCCUUUAUCAGAUGGCAAUAUGAAGACCAAGCUCAUAAAGGAUAUUCAAGAUGCUGUACUAUCCAAAUGGACUAAUAAUGUGCAUAGAAUGGACAAAAAAAUGCUUUCUCUCAUAAUUUUGGCUCAUGCUUCCGACGUACUAGAAAACGCUUUCGCUCCUCUCAAUGAUCAAGAUUAUGAGGUAGCUAUGAAGCGAGUUCGCUCUCUCUUGGAAUUGGAUUUCGAUCGUGCUGCUGAGAAAAAGAAUAAUGAACUAAUGUGGGCUGUUUUCGAGGCCUUUAGUAAAUAA